GACGACAUUGUCUGCGAAGUCUGUGGUGGAGGGCACGAUGAGCAUCGUAUUCUACUCUGCGACAACUGCUCGUCCGGCUUCCACAUGAGUUGUUUGCUUCCUCCGCUUUCUCGCGAGCCGGCAGGGAUCUGGUGGUGCCCGGCAUGUCAAGCU